CUAACUAAAUAAUUUUUAUUAUAAUUAUUUUAUAAAAUAUUUAUUUAAAAUGUUAUUUUAUCUAAUUAAUAAACUAUACGAAUUUCAUAUAGUUUUAAGGAAAAUGUUCAAAAUAGUCUCCAAGCUCAUCAGAACUGGACUCGAUCGAAUCCGUCAAAUAGAUGGAACUACAAGUUUCUCUUCCAGAUCUCAUCCAAUUUCGUCUCCAGUGAAACAUCUGGAGUCUCGUUCAAGAUCUGUCGUCUCCUGCAUCAAAGACGUCCUCGUCGGCUCGAUUUGUUUCGUCCUCAGAAGCCGCCGUGAUUCUGUCGCGAAAUCCACCGGGACUCCGACUUGCAUCCCCGUCCAGAUACACGGCCUCUCAAUCCGUAGCCUCAUCAUGGUUCAUCUCACAGCAAUCACGCUACAGGUCCCGUGCUCUCAUGAUGAUGAAGUGGUGCUGCAGUAGGCGCCUUCAAAUUACUCCAAAUCAGAUUCGUCAUUAUCAAAUUCAAAUCUCCAUCACUACUUCAUCACUAGUUCAUCACUGAUUUCUACCACAGUAUCAACUAGAUGACACUACAUUUGAGGCUGUAUAGCAUUUCAUUCUCUUUGUUCCAGUAGGUCCAUCUUGUGGGAAGAAAUUUCUUGCCUGCAACCGACAUUUUGUCAUGGCAACCAAAUCUUCACCAACAUACUGAUGCAGCUGCUCUUCAGCCUUUUUUUUCAGAUGCAUACUGAAAACAGAGCUGAUAUCACUAACAGAGGAAUUCAAAGCUUUGGCCGACACCUUUCUUACUGCUUUAACCAAGAAGAGAUCGAUGGAGCACUCAAACUAACUUUUUCAGGGUCCCCUAGCAUGGGUAAUGGGGCCAGAGGAGUAGAAGGUUGGACAAAAGGUGAACUUGCAGAUUGAAGAGGUGUUCCCGUUUGUGUAUGAGCUACCGAUGCAUUUUGCUGGUCGAAUUGAGGAGAAAGAUGUUGGGCAAGCUGAGGAGAGAUGUCCUCAAAGUUCACAAUUCUAAAGAUGGUUAUGACAUGCUGGGCAGAAAAGUUUGUUGUUUA